CCCCCCCCCCCCUCUCACCACACGCGCACGAAUUCCAUCGUCCUCGCUGCCAUAUUCACGGAGCUGAUUUAGAGUAGUUUCAGAAACAGUUUCAGAUGGGGAGUUUACGUGCGAUUUUGAGGCAUCCGGAUGAUUUGUAUCCAUUGCUGAAGCUGAAAUAUGCGGCGAGGAAUGCGGAGAAGCAGAUACCGCCGGAGCCACACUGGGGAUUUUGUUACACCAUGCUUCACAAGGUUUCUAGAAGUUUCGGUCUCGUUAUUCAGCAGCUCGAUACCGAUCUUCGUGAUGCUAUUUGCAUUUUCUAUUUGGUUCUUCGAGCACUUGACACUGUUGAGGAUGAUACUAGCAUAGCAACAGAGCUUAAAGUACCUAUUCUGAUGGCUUUCCAUCGUCACAUAUAUGACCGAGAAUGGCAUUUUUCAUGUGGUACAAAGGAGUACAGAGUUCUAAUGGACCAGUUCCAUCAUGUUUCCACUGCUUUUCUGGAGCUUGCACCUGGUUAUCAGGAAGCAAUUGAGGAUAUUACCAUGAGAAUGGGUGCAGGGAUGGCAAAAUUUAUUUGCAAGGAGGUAGAAACCACUGAUGAUUAUGAUGAAUAUUGUCAUUACGUGGCUGGCCUUGUUGGAUUGGGGUUAUCCAAACUAUUCCAUGCUUCUGGAAAAGAAGAUCUUGCCACAGAUGAACUGUCCAAUUCAAUGGGUUUAUUUCUUCAGAAAACAAACAUUAUCAGAGAUUACCUUGAGGAUAUCAAUGAGAUACCAAAGUCACGUAUGUUCUGGCCUCGUCAAAUAUGGAGUAAAUAUGUGAACAAACUUGAGGACUUGAAGAGCGAGGAAAAUUCAGUUAAAGCAGUGCAGUGCCUAAAUGACAUGGUCACAAAUGCUUUAGUGCACGUCGAAGACUGCCUCAAGUACAUGUCUGAUUUGAGAGAUCCAGCUAUCUUUCGCUUUUGUGCAAUUCCACAGAUAAUGGCAAUUGGGACAUUAGCUUUAUGCUACAACAACAUUGAAGUCUUCAGAGGUGUUGUAAAAAUGAGAAGAGGCCUUACUGCUAAAAUUAUCGACAGAACCAAAACAAUGUCUGAUGUGUAUGGAGCUUUUUACGACUUCUCUCGGAUGCUGAAAUUUAAGGUUGACAACAAUGAUCCUAAUGCGGGAACGACAAACGACAGAUUAGACACUAUCUUGAAAAUUUGCAGGAACUCUGGCACCUUGAAUGAAAGGAAAUCUUACAUUAUUGAGAGUGGCCCCCAGUACAAUGCUGCUUAUAUGGUUGCUAUUUUCUUCAUCAUACUAGCAAUUCUUCAAGCAUACUUCGCACCAAAGAAAGCUGUCUAAUAUCUGAUUGGUUUAUUGGAAUGAGAACUACUACUUGCUUGCUACUACCCACACGAGCUAAUUCCACACACAAACAAGCUUGUCACUGAAAAUAAAGCAAAAAGAAAAAAUCAUGUAACGAAUUUGUGCAUAUGUUUGAAUUUGUCCUUUGUGUUGCUGGACUGGUAUUAAUAACCUAAUUAGACCCACAAAGUUUACUGCUUGCUUAUUCCAGAAUUGCAGUUCUGCAUUAAACCCAAUUACAAUUUGCAUGUUGAUAUUAGUUUUCAACCACAUAUUGUACAUUCAGCUAUUUUCUCGAUAUUUGAUGAGUAUUAUGUAUUUAUUUAUUA